UUCUCAUUGCUGGCGUGAGGUUCAAGAAGCAUCUUACUGAAUAUUAGAUAGAAGCUAUCUCGUAUGUCAAAUCAUCAAAGCUCCUAUUGGUCCCUCCGCCCCGGUUAAGGCUUGUACUACUGCUAAAGUUGUCCGUUCUUGGGCUGAUCAUUCUCCAUCUCCACCGCCUAGCAGGCCCUUCUUGCAAAAUAAUAUUUGUCUUGGACUGCGACUACCAAUCUCCAGGGCAUCCCACCCGCCUACUCAUUGGAUUCUUCCACUUCCUUCUCCUAUUUCUCUCCCUCCCUCUCUCUCUCUCUCUCAUUUUCUAGCAACCCCUCCGGAGACUACCAUGGCUGACGACGAUCGCCGUGCAAAACGCUCCCGCUUCGACCAGACCAGCCCGGAGCCCCGACGACAGUCGCGGUUUGAUCGUCGUUCCCGAUCCCCUUCCUCGCGACAGUCUGAAGCCACUCGGACUCGCAGUCCCCUCAGCCGGGAGCCCCGAAGCCCUGGCGCAGACAGUAAGAAGCUGGAUCCUGCCGCUGCAGCUGCCGCCGCUGCCGCUAAAAUCAACGCUCAGUUGCAAGCAAAGAAAGGAAUUCAGCAUGUCGAUGUACCUCCGAUACGCUCCACCGCAAGCCCUUCGUCGCAGUCCGCUACCCCGGUCGCUGGUGAUGCCAAGUUGAAUGCGGAAAUCUACGUCGCGGACGGAGACUACAUCAAGGACAUCGAGAUCAAUGACCUACGCAAUCGCUAUACAUUGACGAAAGGCUCUACUCAAAAGAUGAUUAAAGAAGAAACUGGCGCCGAUGUCACCACUCGAGGAAACUAUUACCCCGAUAAAAGCAUGGCCACCGCUGCGAAUCCACCCUUGUUCCUGCACGUGACGAGCACGACCAAAGAAGGACUCGAGAAGGCCGUGACCUUAAUCGACGAUCUAAUGAAAAAGGAGCUCCCUAACUUAGUAGACGAGCGCCGGUUCCGCCGCCGUGAGCCUGAGCAGGUUGAGCGUGAUGAAUACGGUCGCCGUAAAUGGCCCGAAGAGCGAAUUCCCGUGGACCUCGAACCGAUUCCCGGCUUCAACCUACGCGCUCAGGUUGUUGGACCAGGCGGCGCCUAUGUGAAACAUAUUCAGCAAAAGACCCGUUGUAAAGUCCAGAUCAAGGGCCGUGGCUCUGGCUUCAUGGAGCCUAUCACUGGCAGAGAAAGCGAUGAGGCAAUGUACCUGCACGUUGCCGGUCCCGACCCUAACGAGGUCCAGAACGCAAAAGAGCUAUGCGAGGAUUUGUUGAACAACGUUCGUGAGCAGUAUCAGCGCUUCAAGGAAAACCCUCCUCAGCACAACUAUGGCGGCUAUGGACAGCGCGGAGAACGUCACAAUAAUUACGGAGGAGGCUAUGGCGGUGGUUAUGGGAACAGCCACCAACACCAACAGUCAACCCCUGCAUCGGCCAGUCCAUCCGGACAGGCAACUCCAGGCGCUCCAGGAGCUGCGAGUGCAGCAGCCGACUACAGCGCGCAAUACGCCCAAUACUACGGAUCUGACCCAUAUGCUGCUUAUGGCGGUUACCAAAACUACGUCGCAUAUUAUCAGUAUUACCAACAGGCUGCGCAACAGCAGCAGCAGCAGCAGCAGCAGCAGCAGCAAUCACAAAGCCCUGCUCCUCCCCCACCGCCUCCAGCAAGCGAGGCUCCUCCUCCCCCACCUCCAGGCUCUGGCUCUCCUCCUCCACCUCCUCCCGGGGGCAGCGGUUAUAAUGCUGUCCCUCCACCUCCUGGUCUGUAAUUCUUUUCCUGGCCACUAUGCCUCCUUGGAUUUCAAACUCCGCCUUAUACACUACGAAGCAGAUUGUUUUACGCAGGACCCGUAGAAUAAAUCCUGCAAUGCCCGGCCUUUUUAAAAUAGCAAAAGUGCAAUUUGAUCAGCCCUCUGUAUUCUAAAUCUAUUCCCCGCCAUGCUUUGUCUUCUUCCAGCCUAUCCUUAUAUAUCAGCUUGAAGUCUGUAUGUACAAAGGAGAUUUGGAAUUGUUGUGAUGUGCAAUAAUAUAGCUUUGGGAAAAGUGCUUACUGACUUAUGUUCUUUUUUGUUUUUUUCUCAUUAAAUUUUUUUUUUUUUUUCUUCGACUACACUUUUAGUUUGACCCAGUCCACGUAGUGCAUGCAGCUUUUGAUCCCAUUUAUUAU